AUGUUUUCGUUCGACCAAGCUCUCUUGCCUCAGCUCACCACUAGGAAAGCCUUGAUUCUCGUUGAUUUCCAAAAUGAUUUCCUGGAUCCCAAUGGUGGCCUUCCUUCAACAGACCCUGACGGCUAUAUAAACCGCGCCGUUGAAUUAGUGAAAGCCUUUCGUGGCAAUGGCGAUAUCAUUUGGCUCCAGUCACAGUUUGCGAAGCCCGUAUUAGUCGACGACGAGUCUAUUAUCGUUUCUGAUGCUCCGCCGUCCGCCAGGCACAAAGGAAAACGAGGGCGAACUGUUGCUCCUGUAUUGCCCUCAAAUCCGGAGCGUCCAAUGGACCCUGAAGCUUUCCUAUCCUACCCAGAAGCGACUUGUGUGAAGCCAUCAUCAUGGGGGGCAAAGCCGAGCCCAAUCGUGGAAAGCGCAAUAGAAAAGGGAGACACCAUUCUGUCAAAGUCCCAUUACUCUGGUUUUGCUGGUACUCAACUCUUGAUGCUCCUACGCGCCAAGAUGGUCAUGGAAGUCUACAUUUGCGGGUCAUUGGGCAACGUGGGAGUGUAUGCGACCGCCUUGGACGCAGCUGGUCAUGGUCUUUCCAUCACCGUCGUUGAGGACUGUUGCGGUUAUCGAAGCGAACAGCGACUCCUUGCAGCAGUGAAGAGUCUGAUUGACCUUACAGGCUGCGAGAUUGCUUCCUCACCAGAACUUCUGGAGAGCCUGCAGCCCAAGCCUGCAGCCACAACCGCUCGGGCAAGAAAUUCCAAACGGGACAAGUCGGCGGUUUCUUUAGUUGGGAAAGAAGAAAACGGCAAACGCAACGAGAUCAAAGAUGCUGCCCCUGAUCUUGUGCAACAUAUGGCGGGCCUACAUCUUGAUGCUGAAACCUCAGCUGCUGGGGCUGGGAAAGGCGCAGCACCUUCGACCACCAGCAAGGCUGACUCACAAAAUGCCCAGCCGAAACAACGGGAAGCACUUGGAAAUGGCAAGAAACCAAAAGUAACUGGCUCCGGUGAUACAGAACCACACCAAACUGUAGUGAAAAAGGAUAAUAUCCUCCAUUCAACGGUCGCAGAUGAUCUCGACAAGAAUCAAGAGUCGACUCUAGCAGCUACCCAGGCUAACACCACCAAACCCCACAUGAACACUAUGGGCAACGCAACACCACAAACCACGCCAGGCCAUGGUGAUGAGGAACAAAUCCUGCAAAAGGGACUCUGUGAAGGCGACACCGAUAUUAUUGAGAACGUCCUAUCAGAAGACUUGGUUAAAGAUGCCUUUGAAAAGUUGAGCGACGAAGUACAAUGGCAACGAAUGCUGCACCAAGGCGGCGAGGUUCCACGCCUGGUCGCCGUGCAAGGCGAAGUCUCAGAGGAUGGAAGCAUGCCAGUUUACCGACAUCCAUCAGAUGAAUCACCACCAUUGCUACCAUUUUCUCCAACUGUCCGGGCCAUCAAAGCGGAAACCGAAAAACACCUAGGCCACCCACUGAACCACGUGCUGAUACAAUUCUACCGCGAUGGAAAGGACUACAUCUCAGAACACAGCGACAAGACCAUUGACGUUGUCAAGGGAUCAUACAUUGCCAACGUCAGUCUAGGCGCAGAACGAACAAUGGUAUUCAGAACCAAGAGACAGGGUAAGGACCCGUCUCGCUCUGACGCUUCUCCUCCAGGAGACACAAAACGCCAAGCUCAACGCGCGCAGCUACCUCAUAACUCUCUAUGCCGAAUGGGUCUGAAGACAAAUAUGAAAUGGCUUCACUCUAUCCGUCAAGACAAGCGCGCGGAAAGAGAAAAGACACCCGCAGAACUAGCCUUCAAAGGCGGCAGGAUCUCUCUAACGUUUCGACAAAUCGGCACCUUUUUGGAUAAAGACGAAACCAUUAUCUGGGGCCAAGGCGCCACCGGCAAGACUCGCGAGACUGCUAAACCUGUCAUCAACGGACAGAGCGCCGAAGCCAUUGAAAUGUUGAAGGCCUUUGGCGCGGAGAACAACUCCUCCAUCUUUGACUGGGAGGCACGGUACGGCAAAGGCUUCGACGUCUUACACAUCAGCAACUCGCCUCGCUUUUUUGCAUCUGCCGAUACUACAGCCAAUAUGCGCAUAGGUCUAAUGCUCGCCGAGUAUGGCAUCAGCUUCGCUAAAGGCAGCAUGGCACCACAUUCAACGGGCGGCGACGUCUCCACAGACGCACCCAUUCGCUUCGUUGACAACGACGCAAACAAGUCUGCUGUGGAUGGAGACGUCGCCAUAAUGCUCUAUCUAGACGCCGUGUAUGGACAAACCGAAAAAUCCAGCCAAAAUGAUCUCGCCCUCCGAUUCACACGCUUCCAACGAGCUCUCAAGCUAGCAGACAUGUGGAAACACCAAGAUAAAUCAAGACCAUUGGACAAGACACUCCAGGCAGAACUAGCUACAUGGGAUGAAUUUGCGAAAAACACAUCCGAAACAGCAGGUAUAGCCAAUUCAACGACCAGCAUUGCCGAUUUCGCAGCCUGGCCUGUCCUGCAUGCCAUGGUGGAACUGUAUGGUGAUGGAGUAUUUGAUGGAUUGGCGAGGCUGAAGGCAUAUUAUGAGCGGUUUGGUGAACGGGAGGCAACGAAAAAGGUUGUUGGAAAGAGUGACAGCUGA